CUCUCACAGGCGGGUAGAGGCUCAUCUACCUCCGCGUCGCGCUCUUGUAUUCUCCUGAGGUUUUAUUCAUAGGUUCUUGGGGUUGCCAAACAUGGCUGCAGUUGUUACCAGACACAAGCAUUUCGAUCAAGAAUACCUCAGUAUUGAAUCUAAAUAUGUUGUUCAGGAAUACAGCAGCUCUGUGGCAGAAGAGGUGAAGUAUCAACACCAAACACAGAAGAGAAUCCAAGGAGUGGUGGAGAAGAAGAUGCCUGAGAAACACAUCCGCGAGGAGUCCAUGAUCAGGGGCCCCAAGUUUGUGGUUAGACUGAGGUCCCAUACAGUGUAUGAAAACAGUGCUAUUAAACUUUUCUGCACUGUGGAGGGAUAUCCCACUCCACGAGUCAAAUGGUUCAAGGAUGAUGUCAUCUUGGACGUUUCUUCUGGAAAGUACUUUGUGGAGAACAACGCUGGAUUCCAUGCCCUCUCCAUCCUCAAGUGUGCAACUGAUGACACUGCGAUGUACACGGCUGUAGCCUCCAACAGUCAUGGACAGGCCUCCUCCCAGGCCUCCAUCAUUGUGAAGAGGUGCAAAGAGGAAGAAACGCCCACUCCUUAUUCCUGGAUGCCUUCCCAGUAUUCUGUUUUACCUGAGAUCAAGUAUACGAAGAUUAACAUCAACUUCACUGAGACGUUUGACGUGACUUUUGGAAGAGAAGGCGAUAAGGCCACUUUGACCUGCAAGAUGACUGUUAACCCCAACAUGGCUAACCUGCAGCCUGAGGCAAUGUGGUUCAGAGAUGAGCACCUCCUGAAAGAGUCGAGGUGGGUGAAAAUGGAGUCUGGCGGAGGUGUUGCCAAGCUCACGCUUACUCAGCUCGCUAAAGAUGAUGAGGGUCUUUACACCCUCCGCAUGGUCACCAAGGGAGGAGAUGCGGUCCACAGGGCUUACGUCUUCGUUGAUGAUGGUCCACCUCCAGUUCCUCAAGCUCCCGGAGCCCCAAUGGACAUUAAGAUCCAUGAUGCUAAUAGAGAUUAUGUAAUUGUGUCCUGGAAACCUCCUAAUACCACCACCGAAGGCCCCAUCAUUGGAUACUUUGUUGACAGAUGUGAAGUUGGAACAGAGAGCUGGAUGCAGUGUAAUGACUCCCCUGUAAAGAACUGCAAGUAUGCUGUGCAGGGCCUGCUUGAAGGGCACUCUUAUUACUUUCGCGUGCGUGCCGUCAACUCUCAUGGCAUUGGCAGACCCUCCAGAAUGUCUGAGCCUAUCGCCGCUCUGGACCCUACAGAGUUUGAGAGAAUUCGUGCCAAAAAACUUGGUGGAAGACUUGACGUUGUGACUUACUAUGAUGACCUUGAAGCCGAGGGAAAAGCUCCGGGACCUCCCUCUAAAGUCUGUGCUUCAGAGACGGACCGAACAUAUGUUGUGCUCAGUUGGGUCCCUCCAGUCUACCAUAGCAAAGCUCCCAUGUGGUAUUACAUUGAGAAGCUUCAAGUCGGAGCUGGAUCCUGGCAGAAAGUUAACACUAAAGUACCUAUCAGAUCUCCUCGCUAUGCCGUCUUCGACCUGCUAGAGGGAAAGGACUAUCAGUUUCGUGUGGUGUCUGCUAAUAUGCACGGCGUCAGCGAGCCUUCUGAGCCCACCGACACUGUAACAACCCUGCAGCUGAAGGGUGUGCCCUCUGCUCCUGGACAAGUCAUUGCAACCAGAGAGACAGACACUUCUGUUCUAAUCCAGUGGGAGCCUCCACAGGAUCCCAAUAACCUGAUUGGAUAUUACAUUGAUUCUUGCGUGAAAGGAUCUAAAGCCUGGACCUCUGCCAAUCACAAGCCCCAUAAGCAGACUAGGUUUGUUGUGCACGGACUGACCACCGGUGAGACGUAUGUCUUCCGUGUUCAAGCCAUCAAUGAGCAUGGUCUCAGUGAUGAAUCCCAGGAAUCGGCUCCUCUUUCUGUGAGAGCCGCUCUUAAGCUGCCCUCUUCCCCUUAUGACAUCUCUCUUCUCUACUGUGACGGGGAAUCCAUGGUGCUCAACUGGAAGCAGCCACUCCGUUCUGGAGGAACAGACGUCACUGAUUAUUACAUUGACAAAUGCAAUGUGGCCACGAAGACAUGGAAGGAGGUCAACGUCCCACCCAUCAAGGAAAGACUGCACAAGGCUGGAGGUCUGACAGCUGGGUCAGUUUAUCAGUUUAGGGCCUAUGGAGCUAAUUUGAUUGGACUGGGGGAUGUUUCGACCCCUAGCGCUCCCUUCAAAUGUGAGGCUUGGACCAUGCCUGAGCCAGGUCCAGCCUAUGACGUGAUCUCCACUGAAGUAAGGGAUGAUUCUGUGGUGGUGGAGUGGAAGGCUCCUGUCUACAACGGUGCCAGUGCCAUUACUGGAUACUUUGUUGAGAAAUCCAAGAAAGGCUCGGAUAACUGGAGCAAAGUCAACGAAAGUUCAGUCAACCACUGCUAUCUUAAGGUCAAGGGUCUAGAAACAGGCGAGUCUUGUGUGUUCCGUGUGCGGGCAGAGAACGCCAAUGGCAUUGGCGUGGCUUCAACCCCCUCUGACCCUGUAUGCAUCAAGGCACUGCCAGGCACCCAGGAAAUCAAAUGUGGAGUCGACGAGGAAUCAGGUGACAUUUAUCUCUCUUUUGAGAGCUGCCAAAUGGCGGAGAAAUCGAAGUUUGUGUGGAAGAAGUCCUACCAAGAAAUCACUGACUUCUCUAAGGGAAUCGCCGUGAAGACAUCAGGCAGCCACUCAACUUUGCUUUUUAAGAACCCAGACAAAGAGGAUUUGGGCACAUACUCUGUGUCUGUUACCCUGACUGAUGGUGUCUCCGCCAGCUACAAGAUCUCAGCAGAAGAGCUUGAGAAGAUGUUGGCCCUCAGCUAUGACAUACGCAACCCAAUUAUUCCUCUGAAGACUCAACUGGCGUAUAAGAUUCUAGAGAGAGGCCGUGUGCGCUUUUGGCUGCAAGCUGAGGCCAUCACCUCUGCCGUGACCUACAAAUUCUUUGCCAGUAACAAGGAGCUUGUCAACUGUGAGCAAACUAAAAUGAGUCAUGAUGCAGCUACGGGCAUUAUUGAGAUGGUGAUGGAUCAUUUCACUGACGACAGCGAGGGCACUUUCACCGUGCAGAUCCAAGAUGGCAGAGGCAAGGCCCAGUCCUCUCUGGUGCUGAUCGGAGACGCCUUCAAGGCAGCGCUGGCUGAGGCGGAAUACCAAAGGAAGGAGUACAUUCGUGUGAAAGAGGGCCCUCACUUUAUGGAGUUCCUCUCCAUUCAAGUUGGGGAUAAUGCCUCUGUCACUCUUGUUUGCAAGGUGGCUAAUUUGAAGAAGGACUCUGUGUUCCAAUGGUAUAAGGACAACGUAAAGGUGAUUUCUGAGGUGCCUGCUGACCUGAACUCAGGAGUCUGCAAGUUCCCCCUAAUUAAUUUCUCCAAGAAGGAUGUGGGACUAUAUAAAGCAACCAUCACCGAUGACAGAGGCCAAGAUGUGUCACAGAUUGAUGUUUCUGGCAAAGCUUUUGAUGACAUCAUUAACAAGCUCAGUCGUCUCGCUGGAUCCAGCGCCUCUGAGUUGUCGAUUCAGUGCACUGCGGAGGGCAUUAUGCUUCAGUGCCAUAUGAAAUAUUACACAGAGGAGAUGAAGAUCCAUUGGAAACAAAAGGAUUCUAAAAUUGCUGCAUCAGAAAGGAUGAGAAUUGGUGGCAACCCAGCAAUGGCAACUUUGGAGAUAGUCGAGCCUACUGAUAAGGAUAAAGGAAUGUACACUAUUGAGAUUGUGGAUCCGGAGAAGACCAAUUCUCGUAGCCUGGACCUCUCCGGACAACUCUACGACAACGCCUACGCAGAAUUCCAGAGACUCAAAGCGGAAGCAUAUGCUGAAAAGAAUCGUGGCAAAGUGGUUGGUGGUCUUCCUGAUGUUGCGACUAUCAUGGAAAAGAAGACUCUGAGUCUGACCUGCACAGUCUGCGGUGACCCCAAACCUCUAGUCAGCUGGUCUAAGAAUGAUCGAGAAGUAGAACCCGGCGAUCAGUACGUGAUUGCCAUGGACUCGGGCAAGUUCGCCAGCCUCACCAUCAAAGGCGUGUCCCUGGAGGACUCCGGCAAAUACACCAUGACAGUCCAAAACAAGUACGGCGGCGAGUCAGUGGACAUCGUCGUCAGCGUGUACAAACACGGCGACAGGGUUCCGGACAUCAAACCCACACCCUCACCCAAGAGGAUCAUGCCUCCCACGGUUCCCAUCGUAAUUCCCACUGCUAAGCCUGCCACCCCAGCCCCUGCUGCGGCCAAGUCUCCUGCUCCUCCCCAAAAUGCCAAAUCCUCUGCUCCGCCCCGUGGCAUGAAGUCCCCCACUCCCAGCAGGAAGAAGUAACAGCAUAGCCCUUGCCUCUCAUUCACCCCAACAACACAAAAACAACUAGAUUUACAUUUCUGUUCAAUAUCAGUGUUUGCAAGGCAGCAAAGGAAGUUUGGGUGUAGGUUUUGGUUCAUGUCUUGUUUUCUUCCAUCAACAAAAUCAACAGUUUAUUAUAUGGCUAUAAAAGUAUGAAAGAAGGCAUAUUUGGACACAUUUUUUAGCUCUGUGUUGCUCUGUUUGUUUGAGCAUCCAUAGCAACUCGACACAUCAACUUUUGCGCAACCAAUGUUGUGAGAUUAGGAAGGGAAUAUUCGUCUGACCAGUAGAAUAUGGUAGAAACAAACAAAUAUGUUUUCUACAUUUAUUUAAGCCUUGAUUUGAACGAAAACGAUGGAUCCAUGUGGUGCGGCUGACACAGAACAGCAUACGCUGUUUGUGUUCAGUGGAUACUCUCCAAAAUUGUGCUUCAGUGACACACUGAAAUAGAACUUAAUUUAGGCAUCAUUAUAUAAUAAAUUAAAAUAAGACUAGAUUAUUAGUGUGCAAUUAGUUAACUGAGCAUUAGAAAAUAGCAAAGUUAAAUAUGCACAAAGAAAACAUGAAAACCAAAAAACAUAGCAAUCUGUAAAAUAAGCACGAGCAUCGCUCAAACCCAAACCAGAAUAUUUGAGGAAUAUCAAUGUAAUGCUGCCUUGCAAACACUGUAAUUGGACUAUAGUGCAUAAAUCAGUGAAUAAAGAAAGUAGAAUUGAAAAGUAGGUAGUAUUUUUCACCCCGAAUUCAUCAUCGUAUCAUAAAAUGAACAAGCAUCUAAUAUGAAAAGAAAGAGAGUAAGUGUGUGUGAGGGAGGGUGGGGCAAGUUAUAUUUAGUGCCACGAGAAAAUGUGUGAAACAGUUUGUCAUCUGGGUUGCCUAAGCUGAGUGGGCCUCUAAUGAAUUUGGCUCCCUCUCCCCUGAGGUGGUUGAGGGAAAAGCUUUGAUGUUAGUUUAUUAAAUCUCGGUUUAAAAGCUGCUCCUUCAGUUAGCCACUGAAAUCCAGAGGCUUUUUUUUUUCUUUUUUCUUUUUUUGCUUUCUUCGGUAGAUGGAUGGCCUUAAAGUGCAGGAUCCAGCAGCAGCCACGAGACCAUCAGUGCUCCUCUCAACCUCGUCUCACGUCCUCACCUUUUUCUCUUGGUUUUGUGUUAAUAAAAGAGUUGGAAAUCACUA